AGCCUGUAUGAGUAUGGCAGUGGAUGAGUAGACAUCCACCCUCACAUUUAAAUACCUGGAGGAUUAAUAGGAUUACAGAACGAUAGUAUAGUAUAUACUCUGAUGAUGACGUAAUGACUAAUCCUCUCGCUAACAUUGUAUAAUAGUCUCAAUCGUGCUGGAUACAAGUCAUUUUCGUGAGGAACGUUAAGCCGCACAGUUCGUCUGACAUUGGGAUCUCUAGUCUUUUCUGUUCUCCGAUCAUGUUUCUUUCGACGAUGGAGGUGAAAGCAGCCAUUGCAGACAAAAGGGCACGGUGGACACGUGACCUUGUAUGAUGUCUACAUCGUCUGGUUCAUCUCAUAAUACGUCAUACAUCAGGGAGUCCCGUCACGUGAACACGAAUAUUUCUCGUGCAAAACAAGAGUGUGAUAGAAAACUAAUUCGUUACGAAAAGGAACACGACGGAAACGUAAGCAAAAUGGGUGCGCGAGAGAAGGUUUUGAGAGACUCUAUGUUAGCGUAUACAGAGCGCAUGCGCAACAUCGCAAAUUCCCGCCAGUUCGUGGAGCCGGAUAGAUAUUCUUCGCCGGAAUCUUUGCCUCUUGUAGUACAUGCGAAACAUAUUCCUAAAUUUCCAGUUGUGAAAAGUAAAAGAAAACCGGCAUCUCUUGACGACCUGAUCGGAAGUCAGGCUGAAAAAGCCAGACGCAUAUACAAUAAACCCGGAAGUAAAUUAUCUCUUCCAGCACUCCCUGACCGGCUCAACAAACGUACGCAUCAUGUGAAAAUCAGUUUUGUGAGUGCAUCAGACCUUUAUGACUUCGUAGAUUUCAGCAUUAGAAACAAAGCAUCGAAAGAGGAGGCGUUAAAUAUGCUGAAGAAUGAAGCGUUUAGUAAAAGGUCGAUGCGUCCACACGGCGCGAAACACAGAGACCGUCCAGACUCUGACAAGGCGACUAAAUCGUCAGAUUCACCGACUCCGUCAUUUGACGAUGAAAUUGACAGUCAAGGUAAAAUAAAGGAUUCCUACGGAAAUUUAGCCGAACCUACUGUAGUCAGCCAUAGUAGUUCUUCAAACGAUGGCGACAGGUCAGAGACAAGGAGCAGUGAAGACUCGUCCACAAGUGGAGAGCUUUCUGACAGUGACGUUCCUGCGCUCUCCUUCGACGCUUUAAAAAUUAGACCACGGAGAGCAAAACGGAUGACUCUUCAUCAACCACAACUAAAUAUUAUUCCAGAAAAUGCUAUUGUUUUUCAAAAGGCUAAGAAAAAAAGACAAGUGUCUGUGACUUCACCACCUCCAAAACAGUCGCCUCGCAAUAUUUUGAACACUGUUCCUUUGCUAUCGGCUAUCCCGGAGUAUGAACAUUCCUCCUUUGGGGAUGAAGAAUAUUGGAAUAAGAAAAAGAGAGCGAAGGCUCUAAGAAGGGAAGAAAAUCAGACUCACCAUGGUGUAAGACUAGAACCACUUUCACAUGUGGAACAUCCACAAUUAAAAACCAAAAUGAAAGCUCAAAAGAAAAUUCGAAAACUGAUAUAUCUUCGUGACGUUCCGGAGAAAAAGUACCACCGUGAAUGAAAAUGAUUUGUGGUUUAUGUCUUACUUAUAGUGACGUGGUGAGUGUUAGCUGUACCAUUACGAUUUCAACAACGCCGAGGUAAACAUGGCACAGACAUCAAACAGACAGCUGGUCUGUCUGCUAGAUUUAUAAUGUGGAACUCCACAGUUGAGUAUUGACACACCAUGUUAUGUCCAUUCUGUAUCAGAUAGGUGAGCUCCAUUACCAUUACGUACGGGUUACAGCUGCUGACUGGUACAUAUCUCGUAAUCUGGAAUUAUUACAUGAAAAUGUUUCACAUUAAUUCAAAUUAUAUGGACAUUUAACAGACUAGCAAGCUAAAUUGUUUAUUGACGUUGUUCAUUAGAGCUGAAAUGUUUGUUUUGAUUGAUUAUGCUGACUAUAUUGCACGGACAUCUACGCAUGCGCACCUUUGUACAAAUUACACACUAUUACCUUAACAUUGUUUCAACAAAAAACUUAAGCAAUAACCCGAACGAUAACCACAAAUAUAUAUAGCAAUGAAUUGAACAAUUAGUGUUUCACGUUAACCUCUGCAAGUUACAAAACAAAAAGUAAGCAUUGUCCUUGAUUUCGUCAUUGCAUCCUUUUGGUUAAAGUGAAAUUAACAAAUACCAUAUUGUUUAUGGCACACGACAGUCUAUUUGCACAGGCGCCUGCACCCAGUUAGUAAAUAAAACUUUUUCAAACCGAACCCUCUGUAAACCGAACAAAUAUCCACGUCCCAUGCAUGUUCGGUUUAUAGAGGUUCCACUGUACUUAAACAUAUUUCUCCACCCUUAUUUGAUAUACAGUAGUGUGGGAUAAUAUCUUUUAAAUAUUUACUAACCGGAUACAGAUACCCGUGCUAUUUGAUUGGAACAAAACUGACCAAUCGCUAAGCUUAUGCGUUUGAAUAUAAUACUAUGAUUUAAACAGUAUGGUGACCCCGACAUUUAUUUAUUUUACACCAAAAAGGGUCAAGCUUGUCUUUCUGUUUCCUUUAAAAGAUAACAGUGAGCCUUCGAUUUUGCCAUAUAUUCCAAUUCCAAAGAUACAGAGAGCGAACGUUACCUUUGGGUUACCGAGGACGACGUCUUAUACUACUACAGCAGGUGAUACAUUGCUAGAUUUGUUAUCUAAAUUCUGACAAUAUAGCGCCAUGCUGCUGUUUUAGAGACAAUACUCACAACGAAUGUGUUUUGCACACGAUACGACAAAUCAAUACAUAUCGGUGUCCCACUCAGAAACCUAUCCUCAUAUAGCCCUAACUGUUGGUGUCCCCCUCAGAUACAUGUCCCCAUAUGACCCUAACUGUUGGUGCCCCCCUCAGCUAACUGUCCCCAUAUGACCCUAACUGUUGGUGCCCCCCUCAGAUACAUGUCCCCAUAUGACCCUAACUGUUGGUGUCCCCCCUCAGGUACAUGUCAUCACGUGACCUAACUGUUGGUGUCCCCUACACAUUCGUCCUCAUAUGACCCUGACUGUUGGCGUCCCCCUCAGAUAACAGUCCUUAUGUGACCUUCACAGUUCGUUUGUCGCUAGAUACUUGUCCUUAUAUGAACCUGGCUAAUAUUUAUUUAUUUCCGAAAUCUCUGAGGUUUGUCCACAGUAACAUUGUUUAUAAAACACUUUCUACACGAUGAAUUGUUCAAUGGGUAUCUCGACAUUGACAUUUCCUCACUAGAACAAGGACAAAUGUUACUGCACUAAAGAACGGUGUUUGAACUCUUCACCAUCCUGAUUAUUUGCACUCAACACUGACAAUAAACACUUAUAUUGUUCAAA